AUGCUGAGUCAGACGCAGUUCGGUGGCAUUGCCAAUUUUAGCACCUUCCUCUUGGACCGGUCCACGGGCAUGCUCUACAUGGGUGCCAGGGACGCCAUAUUGGCUGUGGACACAAACAACCUGAACCAACCACCACGCAAGAUCAUCUGGGACGUACCCGAGGAGAAGAGGAAGUCCUGCGUCGCGAAGGGGAAGACACAGGUCGACUGCAACAACUACAUCCGUCUGUUGGAGUUCCUAGGGAACGGUCGCGUCUAUGUGUGUGGCACCUACGCCUUCGACCCCCAGUGCUGCUUCCUGGAUGUGUCAUCUUUCUCCCUGGAGCGAGGGGAGGAUGGGGGAGUGAAGAUGGAGACAGGGAAGGGCAAGUGUCCCUUUGAGCCCAGUCAGCACUACACUGCUGUCAUGGCAGGUGGGAUACUUUACACCGCAGCUACCAGUAACUUCCUGGGAACGCUGUUCGACAUCUCCCGGGCAACUGGCCCCGAGCAGGAGCGCAUCCGCACCGAACGAGCCAUCAACUGGCUGAGCGAUCCAGAGUUUGUGAGCUCGGCCUUCAUACAGCAGUCGGCGAGCAGCAACCCGACAGGAGACGACGACAAGAUCUACUUCUUCUUUACCGAGGUGGCCAAGGAGUACGACCUGUACACCAAGGUCAAAGUCCCACGAGUCGCCCGGGUCUGCAAGUCAGACGUUGGCGGGAUGAAGACGCUGCAGAGGCGUUGGACCACGUUCCUCAAGGCCCAGCUGGUUUGUGAGGACAAGGCCAGCGGCCAGCGCUACAGCAUCCUGACCGACGUGUUCACCCUGCAGCACACGCCGGGCGAGCCCGCCAGCACCCACUUCUACGGACUGUUCGCCUCUCAGUGGGAGCGUGAACCGUUGUCAGCAGUGUGUGUUUUCAGCCUGUCUGACAUCAGCAAAGUGAUGGACGGUCCCUUUAAAGAGCUGAAGAAGACUUGUGAGAACUGGAUCAACCCAGAACCUGUCCCCUAUCCGAGGCCUGGCCAGUGCCUGAACAGCGCCCUGAAGGCUGCAGGGUUUGAGUCGUCCCUGAAGCUGCCUGACAAGGUGCUGACGUUCAUGCGGGACCAUCCAUUAAUGGAGAACAGUGUCACGUCAGCACCCCUGCUGGUCAGGAGGGGAACCACGUACACCAAGUUGGCUGUGACGCUUACAGGGAGCGGGGAGGGGAGCGGCGGAGCAGUGCUGCACCUUGGAACAGAUCGUGGGGAACUCCACCGGGUGGCAGUAGUGGGCCAGAACACCACAUUACUACAAGAGAUUCCUCUCUUCAGUGCCCAGGAACCCGUUAACAAUAUUGUACUGCACAAGGGCAAAGCUGUGGUGGGUACCCCCCUGUCGCUGGCCCGUGUGCAGGCCGAGGGCUGUGCUGUGUACGACAGCUGUGACGUGUGUGCCAGAGCCAGAGGACUGGGCUGCAUCUGGGUUGCCAAGGAAGAAGCCUGCGAGCCCGCCUUGACCGAGCCAGGCCCAGGCGACAUGGUGGACGAUGCAUUAAGGAGGUGUGACGUGGGGGAGGGACGUUGCUCCCCACUCAUCAGGGAGCUGCGGGUGUCACUGGGACUGCGUCUCCUGCUCCCCUGUGUCCAGGUGUCUCCCAGGCCCUGCAGCUGGGAGCACCCUCCGGACAGGCACACCAGACAGCACCACGCCGACCUGGAGGUCACUGUCAGUGAGGACAGCUUGGGGACCUACGUCUGCACCUGCCAGGAGGCAGGCCCAGGCAUCAGAGACUCCUCCCUCUGCCGCAGAGCAGCCUAUCAGCUGACACUAGAGGACCCCAGUGCGGGAGGAGCAGUGGAACUGGGGGGUGGACGCCAGGUCCUGGCCAUCUACAUCAUCUGCUUUGUCGUUGGCUUCUGUUUGGGUGGAUUUCUCCUCUGCUUCCUGACCCACCGGCGUGGGCUUGGCCACCAGGGUCACCACCUGCCGGACCACUCGCUGUCAUCAGAGAAGGGGAGGGACUUGCUCGGCUCCUCGGCCACGCCUCAGUCUCCGAGCAGUGCCAGUCUGCUGUCCGAAGGCUUUCCGCUAACAGAGAAGCGCAAUGGGACCACAACAACAACCACCACAACGACGCUUCUCAGUAACCAGGGCAACGGGGGUCACCAUGGCAACAGUUUCUCCAAUAAUCUUAUGAGCGGCAACCCCAGCAAUAGCCACAGGAGCAUGAUGUAUGAAACCAUCAAUUACGACACGAGCGGCGGAGUGCCGAAGCGCUCGUCCCAAAUUCUGGUGGCGGACAUGAUGGAUGGAAGGACUGGGGAGAAGGAGUGGCGGGGGCCAGAGGGAGGAGAGAGGGAGGUGGGAUUGGGAGAUGAGGAGGACGAGGGACUGGGAGAUGGGCUUGGAGAGGGGAUGAAAGGACUAGAAGAGGAGCUAGCCAGGUUUCCCUUAUUUAAAUCACAAGCACCACUGGCUCCAUGUGAGGAGAGUUCAAUAUGAAUGGACUGUGUUCUUCCUGAACGAAGAGAUAAACAUGUGAUGGGUCACGCCAUUUUGCAUCUCCCAAAUAGAUAUGACUGAAUGCUACCGUAUGUCCCAGACUAAAAGUCACUGGUUUUUUACUUGUCUGGCAGGUCCUGUGAAUUAUAUUCCAAAGCCAUUUAUACAAUUUAAUUUUGUCAGACGAAUACGCUGCAUUUCAACUAAAGCCACUAGAUGGCACUGUUCAAUUGUGACUUAAUUUAAAAUACUGUACCGCCAUAUAAAUGUGACUUACACACUGCAGCGCUUGUAGUCCUGGAAUUAUGGUAAAUAGGAGGGAUGCAAAAUGGUUGCCUGAAGAUGGUCACAUCAAAACGGCUAUGGGUGAGAACUGGGGGGGACAAGGAGAGAUGCUAACAAAGAAAUAUGAGAGGUUUAUGCCGACGCAUUGUGUGUACGUGUGUAAAUGUAAACAUUCUGAGACUGUCUGUGGACAUGUGGCCAGAGGACGCUGUAGGCAAGAGGGUGAGGAAAGAACGAAUAAAAACUGACCUAGAAUCAAAGAUGAAAUGUCUACAUAUGUAGGCAUGGAAAAGCCAUAUCCUCUUUCCCCAUCUCCCAGUGUCAUACACAGUCCCUCCCUGUCACACUGCAAAGAAUGAUGCAAGCAGCACUUUGAACCUCCAACCACCUCUCUCUCUCUCUCCCUCUCGCUCUUUCUCUCUAUCUCACGACCCACCCCUUGCUCGCACACAUUCCCAAGUUCCAGUGCUCCAUGGAUGUCAAGGUAUCGGGACCACGGAGCCAAGUUACCCACAGCACCAGCGCUAGCCCUGGGCUUAAUGCAGAAGAGGGGCAGCCGGUGGUUGGAAACCUCCAAUCUUCUCACCAGACUGUCGCAGAGGUCAACCACAAAAGGUCAAGAGGGAGACUGGGUUCAAGGUCACCUAUUGGAUUUGAAUCAAGGUGGAAAACCUGGGACGCACUCCAUGUAAAGUGUGCAUGCGAACAAGUCGACCACAAAAAAAAAAAGAAAGUGUCACAUUUAAUAUUUAUGUUUGCUGACACGGGAAACAAAUGAUCUUAAAAUGGACUGGGGAGCAAGAGGACUGGGAAUUCCCUUCACGAAAAAUGAGGAACCUAAUGGUACCAGAAGUGGGUUUGGAAUCCCUGUAAGUCUCUUCCUACAAGGGAUCUUUCCACUUUGCAGACAGACAGCCAUCACCACACUGUUAGUGAUUCAGGACUGGAAAAUGUCAAACAAGUCUUGUGUCAUUAUCCUUUUGGAAUAAUAAAAAAG